UCUGCCGCCGCCGCCGCUCCUGCUUUGUCCGCGGGCCAAGCCCGCCCGCCGCCCCCGAGGGAAGGCCGCGCACGGGUGCCUCGCCGCCGGGCAGCCUCUCCGCGGCGCGUCCGCCUCGGCCGCCGGCCCGAGCCAUGUCGUCCAUCCUGCCCUUCACUCCCCCCAUCGUCAAGCGGCUGCUGGGCUGGAAGAAGGGCGAGCAGAACGGGCAGGAGGAGAAAUGGUGCGAGAAGGCGGUCAAGAGCCUGGUGAAGAAGCUCAAGAAGACGGGCCAGCUGGACGAGCUGGAGAAGGCCAUCACCACCCAGAGCGCCGCCACCAAGUGCAUCACCAUCCCCAGAUCAUUGGAUGGCCGACUGCAGGUCUCCCACCGGAAGGGACUGCCUCAUGUCAUCUACUGCCGGCUGUGGCGGUGGCCAGAUCUGCAUAGCCACCACGAACUGCGUGCCAUGGAAAUGUGCGAAUACGCCUUUAACAUGAAGAAGGAUGAAGUCUGUGUGAAUCCAUACCACUACCAGAGAGUGGAAACACCAGUUUUGCCUCCAGUAUUGGUACCGAGGCACACAGACAUUCCGGCUGAGUUCCCUCCGCUGGACGAUUACAGCAAUUCCAUUCCAGAGAACACUAAUUUCCCAGCUGGCAUCGAACCACAGAGCAACUACAUUCCAGAGACGCCCCCGCCCGGCUACUUGAGCGAGGAUGGCGAAACCAGCGACCAUCAAAUGAACCACAGCAUGGAUGCAGGUUCUCCAAAUUUAUCUCCAAACCCGAUGUCCCCUGCACACAACAAUCUGGAUCUGCAGCCUGUCACUUACUGUGAACCCGCUUUCUGGUGUUCUAUUUCCUACUACGAGCUCAACCAACGAGUUGGGGAGACGUUCCAUGCUUCUCAGCCCUCUAUGACUGUGGACGGCUUCACCGACCCUUCUAAUUCGGAGCGCUUCUGCCUUGGCUUGCUGUCAAAUGUGAACCGCAACGCAGCAGUGGAACUCACCAGGCGGCACAUCGGGAGAGGAGUGAGGCUGUAUUACAUUGGAGGGGAGGUGUUUGCUGAGUGCCUUAGUGACAGUGCCAUUUUUGUUCAGUCUCCGAACUGUAACCAGCGCUACGGCUGGCACCCGGCCACCGUGUGCAAGAUCCCACCAGGCUGUAACUUGAAGAUUUUUAACAACCAAGAAUUCGCAGCCCUUUUGGCACAGUCUGUGAACCAGGGCUUUGAAGCCGUCUAUCAGCUGACCCGAAUGUGCACCAUACGGAUGAGUUUCGUCAAGGGCUGGGGGGCGGAAUACAGGCGCCAGACGGUCACCAGCACUCCCUGCUGGAUCGAGCUCCAUCUGAAUGGCCCGUUGCAAUGGCUAGAUAAGGUUCUGACCCAAAUGGGCUCCCCAAGCAUCCGUUGCUCCAGUGUGUCUUAAAGUGGUACCCAUCGCUGAGCCCACAGCCAAGACUUUCGAGCAAAGAACUUUGUCCGGCUCCUGGCAAAGAACAUAUAGCUGAGAACUGACUUGCUUUUAUUUUUACAGGGGAAAUAGUCCACACGCCCAUAAAAACCAGCAGUUGGGACGCUGAAGCCACAGUCUUCCAAACACAAUACCGAGCAUCAACUCCCUCCUUCCUUUGGUGAAACUUUGCUCUAGUGCUGUGGACAUGGACAGCGGCUUCACUGUACAAGGUGGAUCUUACCUGAAACAUCAGCUCUUUUCAUACAUAGACUUUUACGGAAGAUAUUUUGACAAACGGCCAAGUCGGAUGGACUCCCAGUUUAGCAGAGCAAGAUUGGGGUAGAGUCCCUGGCCCUUUGAAAGAGGCUGUGAUGGUCUGGGUGUCUGCUGGUAUAAUUGCUCUUGACAGCAGUUCUCAGGGUGGGGAGAGAAAGGAAGAAAGACACCCCCACCCCCCCUUCAUUAUAGAGCAUCACCCUGCUGUUGGGUGGUGGCAGCAGCAGCUCAGGAAAGUUAAAACCUUUCACAUUCCUUCCAUGUCUGCAUUUCCUCCCAUUUGGCCCACCUCUGCUCAGUUACUUGCAGCACGAGAAAAGUGUCAUGGAUUGAAAUCCAUAGCCAUUAGAGGUGGGGGGAAGAGUUGGAAUUAAUUCCUCAAGAGAAGAAAUGUCUCAUUUCUUGCAGUGUGGAAAGCAUGAACUCUGUUGUUGCAGUGAUCUCAGAGAUGGGGUUCAUUUGAAGCACAGGCACGCACGCGCACGUACAAAGCCCACUCACCCCUCUACCUCUGUACUUGUUUUCACGUUGCUUCUCCCUUUGGGGUUGCUUAUGAAAGCGGGAUCUUGCCACUUCCUGUGCCCUAGGCUUUGUAUUAACUCCUAAAGUUCUGAAAACUCAGCAGAAGAGACCCUUGGUGGUGGGCUGGCGUGCUUCCCCGGUCCUACUUUAAGGAGCUAUCAGAGGAUCAGCUGGAAAUUAGGUGAACCAGAAACGGGUUACAAACAAAUGGUCUAGGAUGGUUUUAGACCCGAGGAUGAUUUGGAGUGCUCUUUCGGUUGCUUUCAGUCACGUAACUGUCCUGUGGGAGUGAAUCCAUUCCUCUCCUCUGCAGAAAUGCAUGUUGGAGAGUAUGUCUUCAAGAUUAAGUAAUCAACAAUGAAUGCACAAGAUUAGCUCCCAGGUGGGGCCGAAAACAGAUUCAUAGCGAUUCUCUUGGCUCAGUUUAAAUGCACGUUUUUGUGUCGAGUGCUCGGUAUUCUGAUCAAUAUUACACAACCGGUGUGUGAGAUUUUUUUAAUUUGAAUUCAGUCAAGACUUAGGCUGGAUUUUUGGCAGACUUUGGGAAAUGCAAAAUUAAACCUCUUCCUUCCUGACUUCUGAAUGCUCUUUUGUAGCCCAGAAAAGCCAGUCAGACCCUGGGCGUGGCAGAUGCGGCCUCUGGCUUCUCUGAACUCCAGAAGGGCUUAAAAGCUACCUGCCUGGACUGUUCUUAGAACUUCCUUUGAGACACCUGGUGGCAUCUAUUGGGUGACUCAAAAGAGCUGUUUAAGAUCUGUUAAACAGAUUCUCUGCCUGUGCAAUUUGGUGCAAUUUGCAAACAUCUGGCCAUUGAAAUGGCAGUUAAUCUGUUUCCACAUAAUGGAUUAAAUUGUUAAAUCAAUGUUCUGUAAGGGAUGACUUAAGUGUUUGCCUCCCCAGAUUGCUUAAACAGAAAUGGCAUCCUAUUGGUACAUGAUCCGCAAGGAACUUGGUGUACUGAAGGCUUGGCUGCUGUGAAGAUGAGUCUGCAAGGGGGGGCUUGUUGAAGGAAGUAGGGUGGGGCCCAGGAGAGGGUGCUUGUCCAGACCACAAGACGUAUCUGAAAGCGGGAAAAGCCAAAUGUAUUUGCAAUAGGAAAACAGCGGUCCUCUGCGCUGUAUUGCAGGCAAUUUCCUUCGUGAAACAGCCUUGCUAUUAUUUACUAAUUUUAGAUCAUGAAUGUAUAGAUAUUUCCCCCAUGCCCCAUCAAAAGGCAAACUAGAAGUGGCCACAUUUGCAUGCCAUACACUCAGGGCUCAUUUUGAGGGGGAACGCAUAGGAACGCAGUUCUGGUAGAUCUCCAAAGAGGUCACAUGUCAUGUGGCCCUGCCUACCUGAUUUUAGGCCAUUUUGGGCCUGUUUUGGCCAGGAUUGGUCCCAAAACAGCCAGGAUUGGGCCUCUUACAGGUGGUGGAUCACUCUCCCGCUCAGCAGCAGCCCAGUUCUGACCAUUUUGGGCCCCUUUUCAGCCAUUUUCAGCCCCUUUUUGCCAUUUUGGGUCCAAUUUCGGCCCUGAACGGCCAGGAUUGGGUCCAAAACAGCCAGGAUAGGCGAGGUCAGGGGGUUGGCACAUGCAAAUCAGUUAUGCUAAUGACACACUUCCGGUGAUGGCAAGGGGUGUGGCAUAUGCUAAUGAGGUAUGCUAAUGAGUUCCUGCAGCUCUUUCUCUACGAAAUGACCCCUGCAUACACUUAAAAGUGUUCUGCCUGAGAAAGGGAACUCGGAAUACGCCAAUGGUUUGGCUGAACUGUGGAAGGAAAAAACCUGGCCGGGGGUAUUGAUGUUCAUGUUUUUAAAACGGAACUCUGCCCUGUUGCAAUGUUUAUUGCGACGCAGAGUAGCCACUUCGAAGGUUGCUUUGCCGGCUUCUUCAAAAUACCCGUAAUUGGGGUUAUGCGGAUCUUUGCAUUUGCUCACGUCAAAAAUGUUUUGGCUUUAGCCGCAGGACUAAUUUGAGUCGAGUAGCUGCUGUUGCGCUCCAGUGUGGCUUGGGGAGGUGGAGUAUUGGGUAGUUAUAGGAUGGCCAGGUGUUUCCUACGCUUGAUUCUGGGGAAACUCCCGUGUGGCUCUUUAAACGUUCACUCCUCAUUCGUGCUUUGCCUGAAAUGACGCUGUUGCCUAACGCAAGAAAUCCCAUUGUAGCCCAUAAAACGUCAGCGAGAGAACCCUAUGUUCAAAAUCACAUGAAAUGGCAUUUCCCCCUUUAUUUCCAGCCUUUCAUAGGCAUUUCUCACAAGACAAGCUUUCUUUCAUAGUUAAUCACUUAUUUGGAGAAAAUUGCACAUACCCUAGUGUGUGAGAUGAACACGUGUUUUCGGUGUGUGUGCAUGCCACAAGGACCUGCCACCCAACAAGGCUUCCUGCCAUUGAUGAAAGAGAGACAACAGUGUACAACCAGGAUUUGUGCAGUUUCCUGUGUAAAAAGGACCUCCUUCCAGGAAAUGUAUCUUACGCGAAGGUCUCUUUCCCUGGUUGACUAAGAUUGUGUUCCCUAACUGGUUCACUUCAGAAAUGGUGCAAGGUAUGUAUCGCAACCUGCCGUCCAUCGCCGGCAGUGAUAAUGCUACCAUCGGCUUACAUUGAUGUAGGUUUAAUAGCCUUCACCUCCAGACUGCAGACAGUUGCAAUUCAGAAUGGUAGCAGAGUCUUUUCUCAAGCACUGAGAGGUUUAAGGGCUCAGAUCCUCUCUUAGCCCCCUCCCCCAGCUCCAUGGACAGAGUCCGUGUUUCUUUUUAGGGUACACUCUUGAGCCAUACAGACUGUUCUGCAGUUAACGUGUCUAGUCUGUCGAUCCCUGCGACAGUUCCAAGUAGUUCAUCUUUUAGCGGCUUCUUCAUGAAGCAGAUGUGCUCUUCUCUCCCAGAUGCAGUCCAGCAUCACUUAUACAAGUGCACUUAAAUGUCUCUGACUUGCAGCCAUACAGGCAUUCCUUGUGCCUUACAGCCCAUGGCCAGAAGGCAACCUUGAACUGGCAUGCCUCCGAUGGUGACACAGUGGCCAGACAGGAGCUAGUACAGCUUCUCCUACUGUAUGAGGCCCACCAGACUGGGGAAGGAGCAGUGGGAAGAGAGUUGCUUUCUCUUCUUCCCCUGGCCAGUAACAGCCCUCUUGCACGAAGAGGGUUAGAGACUCAAACGGGGUAGAUUUCUACUCCCCUGCCCACAUACAAUGGUCUUCUUUAUUCUGUGGAAGAAGGCAGGGUUUUCCCUCCUACCAGAUCUGUGCAUGUUUUGUUGUAGCACCUUAAAUGCCAGGUGCAGAAUUUAUCAGGUGUGCUGCUUUGAAAUGAGUCUUUGCCAAACCGGGGAACUGAUGUAAAAUCACAGCAGAUGAUGUGGAACAUCACAACUCCCUUUUUCUGGCUGUGAUGGCGCUUCUUGGACUCAGUUAUGACACACAGGUAUUAGCUCUUAAUGACAGUAUGUUGUAUGCGUUUUGUUUCUUAUAGUGUGGAAACGUGCUCAUUCGUACACACUCCCCUUUUCGGCGAAUGAGAUGCCAUGGGUGGGUAGAGGCAUUAGGCUGUGCGCUUGCAAGCAGCUGCCUCACCCUCAGAAGGUCUUGCUUCUGUCCAUGACACUUCAUGUCCUGUUGGAAUGCCUGGGCCCAUUUUUGCUGACACUAAUCAGAAGGCAAUUGCAAGAACUUGGACAAUGCAUAGCAUCCAUUGGGUGCCUGUUGUUGGCAGGGCUUCGUUUUCCUGAGACUUGGGGCUCAAACCUGCCCAGGAGUUGCUUUUGGCCAAGCAGCCUCGAUCCUCAAUGUGGCGACCGAUGAGGGAAAUGGCCUCCACGUCUCCGUGGAGGCACACAUCUGUUUACAAUGACUUCCUAUGUUCCUGGAAUUUAAAACAGGUUCUGGGGCUGAGCCCCAGCUCAAAGCUCUGCCCCCACACUAGAAGGGCGACAGGGCGUGUGUGCGCGUAGCAUUUAAAACUCUCUUUUACAGACCUUUGAUAUGUAGCACCACCGUAUGCCUCUUUGAUUCUAUAUGCUUACCCGUUUUGAAAUCUCUUUUUAACAGCCUUCCUUGGCUGAUGCCUGAGGACAUGUCCUCUUUAGUUGCUGUCAAGAGUCACAAGGCAGACCUUUGGCUCUUCAUCCCUUUCCUUUGGUCCGGCUGCUGGCAGGUGGAACCAGAUGACUUUUUCAUUGAAAUGACUGUGGUGAAACUUUAUUUUUGUCUCUUUAAUUAAUGUAUUGACCAGAGUUGCAGUGUGUGUGUGUUUUGUAUUUUUUUCUUUUUUGCUUGUUGUAGAAUUGAGGCUGGUGCGUUUGGAUUUAAUUAGCAGCACUAAUAGGUGGGGAGCUAAGGAAAAGGGGGUCCAAACCGGAUCAGAGGAAGGAGGAGAUUUGGAAGCUGGAAAAGUAGUUUGGAACGGGCUAGCUGAAACUCACCAGUGAAAUGAGGCAACAAGUUAAGAAUUCAGACCGAAGCAAGUCUUGGCAUUGUCCCCUCCUGGCCCAAUGCAAACCUCUACUUGGCAGCAUUGAGAGCAAAGCAUGACGGGAGCCUCUCUGGGACUUUCACACAGGUACAUUGUAGGGUAAGAGGCAGGUAGUUCCAAAAGUUAACACUCUUCUAGGAUAGAGUGAAAAACUAUUACUCCUUUAUAUAUAGUAACUGAUUAAUUUGAAAUAUACUUUUUAUUUUACUUUUCCUAAUUUAUGUAGAUGCUUUCAAUAAUCUGACAACUCAAGAUAUUUAAACUUUUGCCUAAAGGACACUUUGGCCCUGGGCUUCAUUUGGAAGGAAUGGUGUGGGGGGGGUGGGACCCAAGCUACUAAUGAAGCCAGAUUUGGACAGCAAAACUGAAGCACUGGGAGACAAAAAGCGGCAUUCAGCCGAGUUGAACACUUUGAUGCCCUGCUGCUAUCAGUGGGAGAGUUAAACAUACGGCCUACUCUUCUGUUUGAGGGAGCAGAACCCACCAAAGUGUAUUCUAGAAAAAGACGUGUUAGUCUCAGGGAGUCACAAGUCUCCUGUACUGCUGUGGCCAACAGACUAACAUGGUUACCCCGUUUGGAACUCCUUCCAUUGAAGUCAGCGGAACAUGUGUUCAUUGUGCCUAGGUCAUGCCCGACUAUGACUUUUUCCUUCCCCCAUUCUUAGGUUACAUAACUGACACUCUUGGUGCAACCAGCCAGGCGCUGCUAAUGUGCAACCUCUCCCUUUUGCAUUUUCAAUGCGCACAGCGAUCUUGCCACCGCCAUGAAAAACAGUCAAGUUGCACAGUGCCUGGUGCACCAUCCUGCUUAACAGUUGACAUUUCAGGUAGCUUGCCCACUGUUCCCAGUGUUUGAGAUUGCUGAGCAACAAACCAGACCGACAAACUGUGCGGGAUGGGAUCCCGUAGAUACCUUCCCUUUGCAGUGGUUGGUCUUUUCCCCUGGGGCAGAAGCCUCUUCGAGAGCGAAGGCUCCUUGUGCCAAUGGGAAGUGGCACUGCUAGGGGAACAGACCCACAAGAGUCAACCCAUUUACUGAAGAAAUGAUUUAGUCCAAUUUUCUUUCACUCCAAAACAGUAGCUAUUCAUUCGAGUCUGCAGCCGUUUCAGGCAUCACAGCUUUGAGGAGGAGAUGGUUUGUCUUUCAGUUGGGGGGUGGGGGGGGGCAGCUUCUCUGCAGCUCUUAUGAUCCUUUUUGUUCACAUCAGGAAUCUGAUUUCCAUUUUAUACCCGAGACUAUAUAUUAAGCUUUUUACUUGUCAUAUAGCUUGUUAAACCUAUUGCUAUCGAAAGCUUGUAACACCCACGCCUUCUUAUUGGUUAUGUGAAAUGUAAGUUCUAUUUUUGUCAUUCUAAAUAAAUGCUUAAAUGAUCUCUC